AUGCCUUCCCUUGUCUGCUCCGCUCAGGCGUCCUACAAGAAGCUCCCCGGGCUCCUCGAGCUCACAGACUCCCAUCUCCAAUGGACCAAGACUGGUGACAACAUCCCCGCGGUGAAGGUUGUCCAUGCAGAGGCAGCCUCCCUUUCGCGCAGCAAGGUCGGCGCAGCGCAGGUCCGGCUCAAGAUCGGGCUCGUGAGCGAUGAGGCCGGGCACAACUUCACCUUCACGUCCCCACAGGCCGUCGCGCUCGCGGAACGCGACAAGUUCGAGGCCGAGCUCACAAACAUCAUUGCACGCAACCGCUCUGCAGGUACCGCCCCCGCCCCCGUGCCCGCGUCCGCCCCCACCCCCGUCGUCGCGAAGUCCAUCCCCCCACAUGUCGCCGCCAUGCCCGCGCCACAUUCGCCAAGCGCGACUCCGACCCCCCGCCGGUCGACGUCGGGCAUUGCGCGCCCUUCGGCGGCGGGCUCGCGGGCCCCGUCGGUGGCGAGCGAGUCGCAAAGGUCGGGCACACCGGUGAAUGACCCGACAAACGACUUCCGGCUGCGGAAGAAGGUGCUACUGAGCACCCCGGAGCUUGCGCAGCUCCACCGCGAGUUGGUUAUGGGAGGCCACAUAUCUGAGGCUGAGUUUUGGGAGGGCAGAGAACAUCUGCUCUGGGCCCAGGCUGCGGCAGAAGGCCAGAAACGCGGGAAACCGGGGCAGCUCGUCGACCCUCGACCGCAGUCUGUCAAUGGGGAGGUCAAGAUUGUCAUCACACCGCAGCUGGUGCACGAUAUCUUUGAGGAAUUCCCCAUCGUUGCGAAGGCGUACAGUGACACUGUCCCGACUAAGUUGUCUGAAGCAGAGUUCUGGAGUCGAUAUUUCCAGUCCAAGUUGUUCAAUGCCCACCGAGCCUCUAUUCGUUCCUCCGCAGCUCAGCACGUAGUCAAAGAUGAUCCUAUCUUUGACAAAUACCUAGAGAAGGAUGACGACGAGCUUGAGCCACGUCGUAUACGAGAUGAGCGGGUAGACACCUUCAUCGACCUUGGUGCUACAUACGUGGACCAUGACGAGACCGGCAACGAAAAAGAUAUCACGAUGCAAGCAGGGAAACAGAGAGCUGUUCUGCCGCUCAUCCGCAAGUUCAAUGAGCAUUCUACUCGAUUGCUUGACACGGCAUUGGGUGGACCAGCCACAAAACGAAGACGACUAGACAGCGAUGAUUCAGAGCGUUACAUGCAAAUAGACCUAGAGGAUCUACACGACAACCAAUCGUCCGCAGGAAUCAUUCUGGAUAUGAAAGACAGCCAGCGAUACUUCGAUGGAAGGGCAAGCGGUGCAGGCGGUGAAAGAGACAAUACGUUGCGAGUCGACUUUCAAGAGGCGAUACGACAAUUGAAGGACGGUACUCAGGACUGGGCAUCAAAUCUCGUGCAGGUCAAAGUAGAUAAGAAAGCCGGAGAGACAGCGCUUAUCGCCAUGACACAGAACGUCUCUUGUCGAUUAGAUGUCAAGUCCCGUAAACAUGACAUACCAGAUACUCUGUUCCGACAGAUGACAACGUGUCAAACGGCUGCAAACGAGUUCUUGCGGCAAUUCUGGCUCGCCAUGUACCCACCUCCGAAUGAGUCUCAGGCACUUUCUGUCGCAACGCCAUCCCAGAAGGCUGCGAAAGCGGCAAAGAUGGCUGGAUACCUCGGGAAGACGCACGAGAAGGUGGUCGCCUUGAUCGCCGCAGCUCGACAGGAAAGCAUUGACGCAGCGCGAGUGCAGGUGGCCAUGAAGCCCAUCCUCGAUGCUGUCGACAAGGCGUUGGAGUUUUGGAAGCUGAAGAACGCGAAGGCUUCAGGACUACGGUGA